AUGACUUUCAGUAAAAUCCUUAUUGCUAAUCGUGGUGAAAUAGCAUGUCGAGUUAUUCGUACUGCACAACGUCUUGGUCUACAAUCAGUUGCUGUUUUUUCUGAUGCUGAUCGUAAUUCAUUACAUGUUCGAAUGGCGGAUGAAGCUAUUCAUAUAGGUCCAGCAGCAGCUCUUCAAAGUUAUUUACGUAAAGAUAGAAUAAUCGAAGCUGCUAAACAAACAAAUGCACAAGCUAUACAUCCAGGUUAUGGUUUUCUAUCAGAAAAUUAUGAAUUUUCUACGAUGUGUAAAGAAAAUAAUCUCAUAUUUAUUGGACCACCACCAAAUGCUAUUCGUGAUAUGGGUAUUAAAAAUUUAAGUAAAAUUAUAAUGCAUGAUGCUAAUGUACCAGUUAUUUUUGGUUAUCAUGGUGAUGAUCAAUCAGAUGAUACAUUAAUAAACGAAGCAAAAAAAAUUGGUUAUCCUAUUAUGAUUAAAGCUGUACGAGGUGGUGGAGGAAAAGGUAUGCGUAUUGCAUUGAAUGAAGGCGAAUUUUUGGAUAAACUCAAUGGUGCGAAAUCUGAAGCAAGAAAAUCUUUUAAUGAUGAUGCAGUUUUACUUGAAAAAUUUAUUCAACGUCCUCGUCAUGUUGAAGUACAAGUAUUUGGUGAUAUGCAUAAAAAUUAUGUUUAUUUAUUUGAACGAGAUUGUAGUGUUCAACGACGACAUCAAAAAAUAAUUGAAGAAGCACCAGCGCCUGGUCUUGAUUGGUCAAUACGUAAAAAGUUAGGUGAAGCUGCUGUUAAAGCAGCUCGAGCUGUUAAUUACGUUGGAGCUGGAACAGUAGAAUUUAUUAUGGAUGAAAAUCAUGAUUUUUUUUUUAUGGAAAUGAAUACACGUUUACAAGUUGAACAUCCAAUAACAGAAAUGAUUACUGGUACAGAUCUUGUUGAAUGGCAAAUAAAAGUUGCACAAGGUGAAGUUUUACCACUUAAACAAGAUUCUAUUAAAUUAAAUGGACAUGCAUUUGAAGCACGUAUUUAUGCUGAAGAACCUGAAAAUGAAUUUAUGCCUGGUAGUGGUCUUUUAACUUAUUUACGAACACCACCAACAGGUGAAGAUGGUAAAAUUCGUGUUGAAACUGGUGUUGUCGAAGGUGAUGAAGUAUCUGUACAUUAUGAUCCAAUGAUUGCUAAAUUAGUUGCUUGGUCAACAAAUCGAACAAGUGCAUUACAAAAACUUCGUCAUGCUCUUCAACAAUAUUACAUUGGUGGUUUGAAAACAAAUAUUCCAUUUUUAAUGUCUCUUUGCGAUAAUAAACAAUUUCAAAUGGGAAAUGUACACACAGAUUUUAUUAAAGAAAAUAAAGAUGCUUUAUUUCAUAUACAACAAAUAACUCCAACUAUAGCCGUUGCUGCUGCUUCGGCUUUUAUUAAUGCUCAACAACAAAUAAAAUAUAAUACAGGCUCUUCUUUUCGUCCAAAUUUUUUACAAAAACAAUUUUUAACAUUAAUCUAUGAUAAUAAAAAUUAUCAAUUUCAAAUAGAACGUAUUAAUAGUUCGAAAUUAAAUAUUACUUAUGAAAAUAAAACAUAUCCUGUUGAAAUUCGUUCAUCAAAUGAUGAACUUAUUCUUCUUAUUGAUGGUCAUCAAUUUCGAUGUCGUAUACAUAUUGAUGGUGAUACAUGUACAUUCUAUUCGAAUGUUAGUCGUUCGUCAUUUGAUUUUAAAUUACAAUCACCAUCAUUUCUUGCUCAACUUGCUACAUCAGGUAUGGGUGGUGGUGCUAUUGGUGGAUUAGCUACAUCUGGUGAUCCAAUUGCACCAAUGCCAGGUCUUAUUGAUAAAAUACUUGUACAAGAAGGUACACAUGUUACACAAGGACAACCAUUAUUAAUAAUGACUGCAAUGAAAAUGGAACAUGUUAUUAAAGCAAGUAAAAAUGGUACUGUUGCAAAAGUCAAUGUUGCAGUGGGAAAAGUAGUUAAAAAAGGCGAUAUUCUAUUGACAUAUGUUGCCGAUGAGAAAAAACAAUAA